AUGGAGGUUGAGGGAAUGGGGGUGAAGCAGGUGGAGGACGGAGAGGAGGAGGUACAGGCGCCGAGGAAGGAGGAGGAGGAAGCGUCGUCGGCGGCAAAGGAGCUCGACCUCCUCGGCGCGCUCGGCUCAGAACCGCCGGAGGCAAAGGCCGUGGAGACAGCGGCGCCGGGAAAAGGUAAGGAGAAGGCAAUGGUAGCGGUGGCGGAGGAGGAGAAGACUCCGGCAAAGCGCUCGUUCAAGUGCAACUACUGCCAGCGUAAGUUCUACACCUCGCAGGCGCUGGGUGGCCACCAGAACGCGCACAAGCGCGAGCGCUCGCUCGCCAAGCGCGGCGCCGUCGCUGCGGUGGCGGGGCGCGGGCUGUACGGAGGCGCCACCGACCCCUUCCUGCCGCCACACCACCUCCACUUCGUCCAACACGCCUGGCCGUCGUACUCUGCAGGCGGCGGCAGCAGGCCGUCGCCGUUCCUUGGGUUCGGACGGGGCUCUGCCGCGGCGCCGUUCUACGGCAUGCACCACGGGUGGGCCGCGCAUGCGCACACGCAGCCGUCUAUGGCGGGGCUCACCCGCCACGCCGGUGCCGACCGCCCAGUCUACACGCCUCACGGCUACGGCUCCUCGUCGAGGCCCCCUGCCCCAGCCGUCCUCGACUCUGGGAUCGCUGGGCUCCGGUGGUCCGCCGCCGUCGACAGUGGCGCUGCCGCCAGCAGCGACCCUGAAGUGCCGACGAAGGAGGAGGAGGCGCAGAGUUGCAAGAUAGACCUGAACCUCAGGCUCUAG